GCAGUUUUGAACGGUGGGGAUGACGGAGGUGAGCGGCUCCCAGCGGCCACAGUCCGGUCUCCUGCCUUCAGGCUCUCCACUGGGGCGGCGCCGGUCAUUCCGAGCGAACAUGGGAACGGCGUGCAGCGGGAAGGGGAACAGACAGGUGCAGCUGGAGAAAGUUCUGGGGAUUACGGUGUCCGGUGGCAGCAGUCUGACGUGUGACCCCAGCUCGGGGCUGAUUGCGUAUCCCGCAGGAUGCGUCAUAGUUCUCCUGUGUCCGAGGAAGGACAAGCAGUCUCACAUCUUCAACACGUCCAGCAAACAGCUGAGCGCUCUGUCAUUCUCCCCCGAUGGGAAGUUUUUAGUCAGCGGAGAGAGCGGUCACAAACCUGCAGUGCGAGUCUGGGACGUGGCCGAGAAGGUCCAGGUUUCCGAGAUGCCCGGUCACAAGUAUGGCAUCUCCUGCGUCUGCUUCUCCCCCAACAUGAAGUAUGUCGUCUCGGUGGGCUUUCAGCACGACAUGGUGGUCAACGUGUGGGACUGGAAGAGCAAUAACAUAGUGGCGAAGAACAAAGUCUCCAGCAAGGUCAUCGCCGUGUCCUUCUCUGAGGACAGCAGCUACUUUGUGACCGCCGGCCAUCGCCACGUCAAGUUCUGGUAUCUGGAGAGUUCGAAACAGUCUCAGGUGAAGGGGAUAGUUCCUCUGGUGGGCCGGUCAGGACUGCUGGGCGACCUCCAUAAUAACGUGUUUGGGGGCGUGGCGUGCGGCAAGGGGAAGAACGCGAGGAGCACGUACUGCGUGUCUUAUUCCGGAGUCCUGUGUCAGUUCAGUGAGAAGAGAGUCCUGGAGAAAUGGCUGAAGCUGAAGGUGACAUCAUCAAGCUGCCUGUGUGUCACUGAGGAGUUUGUCUUCUGUGGCUGCGAGGAGGGAGUCGUCAGGAUGUUCAAGGCCCACAACCUCCAAUACGUGACCGAUCUGCCCAGACCUCACCAACUGGGCGUGGACAUUGCCCUGGGCCUCGAUGCAAGCUCGCUGUUUACGAUGCAGCGAGACGGCAGCUACCCGGACACGUGCGCCCUGGUGUAUGACUGGGGGAACCAGUGGCUGUGCUGUGUGUACAAUGACCACAGCGUCUACGUCUGGGAUGUCGGGAACACCCGCAAGGUGGGGAAGGUGUACUCAGCGCUGUACCACAGCUCCUACGUCUGGAACAUAGAGGUCCACCCAGAGAGCGGACAGAGACCAUGCGUGACGACGGGCGGCUCAUUUUUCACCUGUUCCUCUGAUAACACCGUCCGCCUGUGGAACCUGGAGAAGAGCUCGGUCCUGGGGAUGAAGAGGAAUAUCUACAGCAAUGAUUUAUAUAAAGUGAUCUAUGCCAGUGACAAUGUGGCAUGCUUGAAGGACACCUCAGGCACCACAGAGAAGCCUGAGCCCAAAGACUCAAAAAGUGGAAUUCGUGUGCUGAAGAUCCGCCAUGAUGGACGUCAGUUAGCCUCUGGAGAUCGGACAGGAAACAUACGGAUCUAUGAUUUGGGGAGCUUUGAGGAGGUAUUAACAAUUGAAGCACAUGAUAAUGAAGUUCUGUGUCUUGAAUACUCCAGGCCCUGGACCGGAGUGAUGCUUUUAGCCUCCGCGAGCAGAGAUCGCCUCAUUCACAUCCUGGACGUGGACCACGAUUAUUCUUUGCUGCAGACUCUGGAUGAUCACUCUUCCUCUAUAACGGCAGUGAAGUUUGCAGGUGAUGAAGACCAGAUGCACAUGAUAAGCUGUGGAGCCGAUAAGAGCAUUUAUUUCCGUCCAGCUCAGAUGUUGCCCGAUGGGAUUGGUUUUGUGCGUCUGCACCACGUCGUGGAAAAGACCACCUUGUAUGACCUGGACGUUGACGUCUCUCAGAAGACUGCGGCAGUCGCCUGUCAGGAUAAAAAUAUCAGGCUGUACAAUAUUUCAUCAGGGAAGCAGGAGAGGGCUCUGAAAGCCUCUGCUAGCGGAGGAGCCUUGCUGAAGGUACAGAUGGAUCCAUCGGGAAGAUUCUUUGCCACCAGCUGCUCCAAUAAGAACAUCUCCAUCUUCGACCUACACACCGGAGAAUGUGUGGCGGUGAUGUAUGGACACUCCGAUAUUGUCACCGACAUGACGUUUACCAGUGACUGCCGAAGACUGAUCACCGUGUCUGGAGACAGCUGCAUAUUUGUCUGGCAGCUGGACCCGGUCAUGACCACAUGUAUGAGGCACCAGCUGAUGGAGACGGCCAUAGAGGGAAAGAACAACCUGCCUGUGGAUGCAAGGUCCCUGGUUAAUUCCAGGAGGGAGACCUUCAUGGUUGGCCCCUUGGAUGAGAGCUCCAACGACGACUUGUUCUUCGAUAGAAGCAUUGAUGUUGACGAGCCCUUGCCACAAACUCCAGUAAACGACGGCUUGGAAGCAGAUUGUACCUUUCUGCAGACCAAUGGGAAACUGCCGCUGUGGGCGAGAAAACUGGAUAAAGAACAGAACGAACCCCUGGUCGUCCUCUCCCAAAAUCAAUAUCGGCCACAAGGACGAUGGGCCCAAAGUGACAGCACGGUCCUGAUCCGAAAUUUCUUGAACAGCAAUGAUCUGAGCUGUACCCCAAAUCAUGAGCCAGGGCAGAACUCCUUCCUAGACGAGACCACAGACAUCGAACCCAAGAGUCUGCAGGAUCUGCUGGAGUCUGAGGAUGGGAACGACGACUUAGACAACAGGACAUUCAUCACUGAGGCAUCUUCAGCUUUAGAAGACACAGACAUUCAGUCCCUGUCUUCAGAGUCCAAUGGUAUAUUCUACCCUUCAUCUCUGCACAUGUCCCAGCAGGAAGAAAGCGAUUUUUCUGUUGAAGAGCGGACUUUCGACAACGGCAGUGACUUGCACAAUAACGGACUGCUGUCAGGCGGUGACCCAGAUGAGGACUCACUGAUGUCGGACAAUUGCUCUGAAGUGGAGCCUGAUGAUGAUGAUGAUGAUGAUGAUACGGAGGAGAACGUCCACGCAGAGACACCAGAACAGGAGAGAUUUUUGCAGAAACACUUUGAUACGUUGGCUGACGCUCUCGCUGAAGAGAAGUUUGACAACACACUGCCGGAGCUAAUGUCGGAUGAGGAUGACAAGAUGCUGAACCCGCGCCUCAGCUUCUCUUCUAGGUUCUUGUCGCAGAGCCUGAGGAUCUACCGGACGGGAUCUGACGUUCUACCUGGCGGCCAGCAGAUGGCGACAGCAAUCACCACAGAAACUAAAGUGGAACCUGACCAGUCUCAGAGAAGACUUUCUGAUAGGCCGACAGAAAAAGUAGCAGACCGAAUGGAAAGGAGAAAGUCCGAGAGGCAUGCUGAAAUCUCAAAAUUAACAUCCAGUUUGCAAAAACUUCCACUCGAUGAGAAGACAUCGUCAUCCCGAUCCUCAUUUCCCGGUUGUUGGCCAAAUAAAAACAAAUCCAACAAAGGGAGGUCGUACAUGGAAGCGACUGCUAGUUCCAAGGCGAAAAUAUUACGUAGUGUGUCAAUGGGAGAGAACAUUAAUGCCACCCAAGCAGAAGACCACAGGAAGCUGUCUCAGAGUUCAAGGCCGGUGUCCAGCAUAGACUUGUUGACUCUAGAACAGAACAAGUUCCUUCCUGCGGAAGAUGGCUACUAUAAACCUCACCCAGCUUCUCCAUCUUAUGAGCAGAUCCCCUCCUCACACCAAGAGAAGGUGAAAACUUUAGUCAGCUCCUCUAACUCGCUGUCCGAUAAACUUCUAAUGCCUCCGCCAUCCAGCUAUGGAAUCCUUUCUCGUCUAAAAAAGAAGGCGAAAUCAGUCAAUAACCUCUCAAAGGCGUCUAGAAAAGAGGAGAUGAAUGGACUAAAGUCUAAAGAUGGAGAUGUCCCGAAGACUGGACUAGCAAUCAACAUACGAAAAAGGAGAAACUCAUCAUCAAACAGUUGGCCACCGGAUGUCCAGGACUUCCCCAGAAGGGCAUCCAUAGCAGACUUUCCAAACCACGCCAGUAUCAGUAGUAGUAACUGUGUCAUGGAAGACGCUCGCAUGUCAAAUAACAACCCAUCAUCUUCAUGCAGCAGACCUGAAGAACCAAAUGUGGAAGUACUGGCAAGCCGAUGUGAGCGAGUACUAGAGGAGCUUCACAGCGCCUUCCAAAAAACCCUACAAACUUACAAAGAGAUUGAAAGCUGUGGCGGAUCCCAAGAAAAGAAGUCUCAUCUAAGAUCUUUAUUCUUCAACGCCUUCGAUCACGUUCAGUGUGAAAUAGACUUGGUGGGAGUCGAGCGAAGAAAGUCUUCUGUAAAAGAGUCAAUGGCCCACGAGAGGUGCUCCAACACCCCAACUUUACAAUUACUGGAGCAUUACUCGGACAUGAUGCUGCAGCUCAUGAAGGAGAAGAUUAACAGCCAGUGAAUGAGUAGAAACAUUUUCUGUAAGACAAAAGAACAUCUUCCAUCGUGUUUGGAGAUCUUGCUGUUCGAUGACGCACUAUUAAGUGGAUGUGACUGUAUUUAAUUAUGUGGCACUUUCUUAGUUCUGAAUGUAUUGUAUCCGACUCCUUCAUGGACUUUGAAACUAAAGUGACGCGUGGGGCUGGUUUAUCCUCAGCCAGGAUAGUGGAUGCUCAGAAUGGUUGUAGAAGGUCGCUCUACUUGGAUAUUUUUGGUCCUGCAGUCAUGUUGCCAAAUGGAUGCAGGUCCUCUCUUUGAAGAACCCAGUCCAUCCAUGCACACCUGGUGUUAACAUAUUCCUGACAGCUCUUUAAG